GAUGGAGCAGGGCAGGGGGCAGCGCUAGACAGUAUGUCGCAGAUCUGAGGCUCUACACCCAGCUUCAGGCCUCUGCAGCAGGUGCGUGCCUUCCCUGAGGUGGCUUGAGUGUGACGUGCUGUGUGUGUCACCAGAGGCCUUCACGCACAGCCACCUGUUGAUGUCCCCUGACCUCCUUUGCACACGGAUCCAGGGCUGUGCACACCUCAGCCACCUGCCAGGCUGCAGCCGUCCCUGGAGAGAGGAGCCCAGGACAUGCAGGUCCAAGUUCUCCCCGAGGUGCGGGGCCACCUGGGCAACACCGUGGAGUUGCCGUGCCACCUGCUGCCACACACCCAGAGCGUGAACGUCACGCAGGUGACCUGGCAACGCCUGAAUGGGAUCUCCGUGGCUGCCUUCCACCCCAACUACGGCACCCACUUCCCCAACCAGCAGCCCAGCCGAGAGCGGCUAGCCUUCGUCAGGACGGGCCAGGGUGCCAAGACCAACCUGUACGACGCCACGCUGGCCAUCCACGACCUGCGCCUGGACGACGAGGGCAACUACACCUGCGAGUUCGCCACCUUCCCCAAGGGCACCCGCUCGGGGGUGACCUGGCUCCGGGUCCUAGCCCAGCCCCAGAGCCAUGCAGAAGCCCAGGAAGUCACACUCAGCCUGGAUCCCAUGCCAGUAGCCCGCUGCAUCUCCAUGGGAGGCCGCCCACCUGCGAAAAUCACCUGGAUCUCUGCCCUGGAAGGGGAGGCCAGAGACAGCGAGGAGCCAGGGCCUCAGCCGGGCACAGUCACCGUCACCAGCCGCUACACCGUGGUGCCCCUGGGCCGAACGGAUGGCAUCAAAAUCACCUGCAAAGUGGAGCACGAGGCCUUCCAGGAGCCGAUGCUGCUGCCCGUGACCCUCUCCGUGCGCUACCCGCCCGAGGUGUCCAUUUCCGGCUAUGAUGACAACUGGUACCUCGGCCGCAGCGAGGCCACCCUGAACUGUGAUGUCCGCAGCAACCCAGAGCCCACAGGCUAUGACUGGAGCACGCCUUCAGGCAUCUUCCCAGCCUCCGCAGUGGUCAAGGGCCCCCAGCUGCUUGUCCACUCAGUGGACCGAGGGGUCAACACCACCUUCAUCUGCACAGUCACCAAUGCUGUGGGCACAGGCCGUGCUGAGCAGGCUGUCUUGGUCCGAGAGACGCCCAAUACGGCAGGUGCGGGCGCCACCGGAGGCAUCAUCGGGGGCAUCAUCGCUGCCAUCAUUGCCAUGGCGGUGGCCGCCACGGGGGUCCUCAUCUGCCGGCAGCAGCGGAAGGAGCAGAGGCUGCAGGGGGCCGAGGAAGAGGAUGACCUGGAAGGACCACCCUCCUACCAGCCACCCACCCCGGAGGCGGAGGCGAAGGCGAAGCUAGAGGAGCCGGAGUUGCCCUCCCAGCUCUUCACUCUGGGAGCCUCGGAGCACAGCCCACUCAAGACGCCCUACUUUGAUGCUGGUGUCUCGUGUACCGAGCAGGAAAUGCCUCGAUACCAUGAGCUGCCCACCUUGGAAGAGAGGCCAGGGCCUCUGCUGCUGGGGUCCACAAGCCUAGGGCCCCCCACUGGGGUGCCUCUGGGGCCACCUGGCAUGGAAGGCGUUUCCCUGGAUCUAGAAGACGAAGAGGAGGAGGAGACGGAGGAAAACUAUCUGGACAAAAUCAACCCCAUCUAUGACGCCCUGUCCUAUAACAGCCCCUCAGAGUCCUACCAGGACAAAGGGUUUAUUGUAUCCCGGGCCAUGUAUGUGUGAGAGCCCUGACCUCUCCCCUAUCACCUUUGACCCCUUAUAUUUUUGCCAGGGACCUGGUGCCCCGUCGUCUGGCCAAGCCACUGGCAGUUAACACAUGGGCACUCAUCUGUGACUUUUACUUUAGCGUCUCCACCAUGACCUCUAACCCAUGAUCUAGGACCCAGGGAAACUUGCCAAGACUGUGGAAGGCUGGUAACUUUAUCUCAUGAAGCAAUGAACAGGGAGGAUAUUUCUGUACAACCUCUGACCACAAGGACUCCUUUCGCAAACUGUGACAGAUCGUAGCACUCACCUCUGGCUGUUCCACCUCUCAGAUCCUUCAGAAAUCCUGAAGACUCCUGACCUCCCAUUUGUCCUCAGGAAGUAAGUUCUGACACGUCUGUGAGCACAGACACUUAGGGGUUCUCUGCUGCUCAGACUUGAGCCCUCCAGGUGGCAGAGCCUCUUUGUGUACCAUGCUCCCCAAAGGUGGGUGGGAAGGGGAUUCCCAGCUGGACGCAGCAGAGCUUUGCCGUCUCCCUCUCCUGCGGGCAGGAGCCUCAAGGUCCAAGCUCAUCCCUGAACCCCACCAUCCCACUCCCUGUGUACAGAGCAUGAGCUCCAGCCCAGGGGCAAGCUCCAUGCGUGUGCCUUGGCCGCCCAGCCUUCGGAGAAUUUGCUGUUGUUUUGAAGACUACUGAAUCCUCUUACCUCUGCUCACUGGGAUGAGACCUAAUCAUCCCCUCUUGGGGGAAAGUGGGUCACCUGGGUUGGGGGUGGGCGCUAUACUGUUUUGUAACCUAGCAUUUCCUACAAAAUAUAA